AUGGCGUCUGAUUCGAAUAAUAGCAGUAUCAUUGAAAACUGGCUGCGGUCCGUCAACUUGGUGCAGUAUACUCAAGCCUUUUUAGAUAACGGUUAUGAUGAUUUAGAGGUGUGCAAGCAAAUUGGAGAAGCAGAUCUGGAUGCCAUCGGUGUGCCUAGAGACCAGCAACGGGAGAAAUUAUUACGGGCUGUGAAAGUUUUAAGAGAAGAAGGAGGAGCCGCAGUGUAUUUUACUCUGGAAGAAUGUGAUACAUGUCAAAGCGGGGACGAAACUGAAGCCGGUGAAUGCAUUGAAGAUGGGCUUUGUCGUGGGCCUGGAGGUAUUGUCGCUUCUACUGUCAAUGCUCGUGGAGUCGUUUGUCCAGAUGGUAGUGCCUUCAAGUUGGAUGCUUAUGAUAUGGGCAAGACCACGCUGGUAACGUACCCGAAAGUCCAGUUGAAGCUGAUACUGCGAGACAAACUGGUGGAGGAUAGUAUCGACCUGUCGGGGCCUCCCUACACGAGCCCG